CCCAUAGUCUUGUAAUUGUUACAAAAUGAAUGGGCCAAAAGCGCCAAAUGAGUCUGACUGGCAAAACGUGGAUAUAUUCGUGUUCUCUAAUGGCCAGCAUCAGACACCGCCAAGGAAGUACCACUUAGCCUCUGAAGACUUGAAUAGCUGGAGUUCCACUCUCAUGACGUUGGCGCAUUCCCAAUACGAAGGCGUUUUCUCGUCGAUCGACCUGUACACGGUGGAGGGCCAGAGAGUGCAGACCCCCAUUCAAAUCAGCAACGGUUCUGCGUACGUGGCUGUACCGCCGCGGGACACGUUCAUUCCCGCGGGAUACAGCGAAUACCUCUUACGUGCUACCAGAUCACGUGAAAAACGGCAAAGUAAAUCAUCGAACAACGCGCAAAUGGAGGUACGACAAGGUAAUACGAAUUCAAAAUUGAGAUUUUCUUCUUCUUUUUUAAAAUAA